CGCAGAGCACGUCGGGGCGGGGCAUGCCGGGAGCCCCUCAGACAGCCGUCGCCCCCGCCGCCGCCGCCGCUGUCGCCGCCAGUGUCGCCGCCAUCGCGUUCGCUGCCGGUGCUCUCCCCCUGCCGCGCCGAGAUGAAAUUCCCGGCCUCCGUGUUGCCGUCCGUGUUCCUGUUCGUGGCCGAGAUCACGGCAGCGCUGUACCUGAGCAGCACCUACCGCACGGCCGGCGACCGCAUUUGGCAGGCGCUGACGCUGCUUUUCUCGCUGCUGCCCUGCGCGCUCGUGCAGCUCACGCUCCUCUUCGUGCACCGCGACCUCAGCCGCGAUCGCCCGCUCGUGCUGCUGCUGCACUUGCUGCAACUCGGCCCCCUGUUCAGGUGUUUUGAAGUCUUCUGCAUCUACUGUCAGUCCAACAACAAUGAAGAGCCUUAUGUCAGCAUCACCAGAAAGCGGCAGAUCCCCAAAGAUGGCCUCUCAGAGGAGAUUGAGAGGGAGGUGGGCCAAGCAGAAGGCAAGCUCUUCGCGCAUCGUUCUGCGUUCAGCCGGGCGUCGGUGAUCCAGGCUUUCCUGGGCUCAGCUCCCCAGCUGACUCUGCAGCUGUACAUAAGUGUCUUGCAGCAGCAAGUCACUAUUGCAAGAUGCUUCUUAAUGGCCAUAUCCCUGCUGUCCAUUGUGUACGGAGCCUUGCGCUGCAACAUCCUAGCCAUCAAAAUCAAAUAUGAUGAGUACGAGGUCAAAGUGAAGCCCUUGGCCUAUGUCUGUAUCUUCCUCUGGAGGAGCUUUGAGAUUGCUACCCGAGUCACAGUCCUGGUCCUCUUUACUUCUGUCCUGAAGAGCUGGGUGUUGGUCGACAUUCUCCUGAACUUCUUCAGCUUCUUCCUCUGCCCCUGGUUCCUCUUCUGGUGCAGUGGCUCCCCAUUCCCCGAGAACAUAGAGAAGGCCCUCAGUCGGGUGGGCACCACGAUCGUGCUCUGCUUCCUGACUUUACUCUAUACUGGUAUCAACAUGUUCUGCUGGUCUGCCGUACAGCUGAAAAUCAACAACCCUGACCUCAUCAGCAAGUCCCAGAAUUGGUACCAGCUCCUGGCAUACUACAUGAUGAGAUUUAUUGAGAAUGCCACCCUCCUGCUUCUGUGGUAUUUUUUCAAGACUGACAUCUAUAUGUAUGUGUGUGCACCUCUGUUGGUUCUGCAGCUGCUUGUUGGGUACUGCACAGCCAUUCUUUUCAUGCUUGUGUUCUAUCAGUUCUUCCACCCUUGCAAAAAGCUCUUUUCCUCUAGUGUUUCUGAAAGCUUUAUGGCAUGGAUCAGGUGUGUCUGCUGGAUGUGUGUUCGGCAGAAAUCAUCUGAGUCGGUAGAAAAGUCAGAGUCAAAGUCAACCAAUAGUAGGCCUGAAACACCUUUUAGCAGUAAAGUAACUACUGAGCCCAGUCCAACAUUGGAUAUUGAUGAUCCUUGCUCUGUUUAAUGUGACCAGAGGUCUCUUGGGGCAAAGGCAUAUUAUUUUCUGGGUUGAUACCUGUUAUUCAUAAAAAUUAGUGAGCUCUGCACUGGGAGCGAGGCAGCAAGUCAGCUGGCAACUCCUUUUGAGCAGCUGCUCUUUCCAGAGCUUUUGGCUCUGUGGGAACCAUGGGGAAAGGCCAGGGAAAGUUGGGAGUGUUGAAGAGACAGCCCAGGGCACCACAGUUCACAAGUUCUGCCAUGUUUUUCCAGGCAUUCUUGACCUUUUUACUGAUGAAAUACCCUAGAAGUCUCGGUUGGAAAGGUUAGAUCCAUCAGAAUAAAUAGAGGAGCUUUUCCUUGUUUUCUAGUUUUUCUGGAUUGUUGGUCUCAGUAGCAUGAUGAUUUAUCAUCUUUUACCCAAGAGCUGUACUAAGGACCUGAGAAGGCUACUGGGAUUUUGUUGUCAGCAGCAUUAUUAAAGCUGUCAGAGCUUGCGGGGAGGACUGUUCAGGUUUGGUAUUUGAAUUGAUAAAUGUUCCGUUUUCAUCUCAUAAGGGCUUUUUGUGCAUAGCCAACUGUACCCGCCAUGGCAUGCAUCUCGUGAAUCAAUAUUCAAGAGCCUUGAUUUGCAGAUGAUAUUUCCUAGAUCCAUGGCUGUGAAAAUGAAUUCUUAAUUUGGUUAUGAAGCAUCCAUAUUUUCAAAAAAAAAUUAGGUUGGGGAUGGUGGCAAGUGGUGAAACAGACACAAUGAAGGCUUGUGUAAGUAAAAUACUUAACUUUUACAGGAUGGUAAAAGAUGUGAAUUUUCUAGACGGUGGAGUUAAGCCUCAAUGAGAUUGAGUGCCAUCCUGUAAUUCUGGGAAAUUUCUGGUAGAAUUAAAUAUAGUCUUUGCUGCUGCCUCCUCAUUCCUUGCCUGCUAGGUGAAUUUUAGGCAAAACUCACCUUGGCUAUCUUGUAUUUUUUCUGAAUAUGCCAAAGAAAUAUUUCACCUAGUGAGGCAUACAAGUAUAUAGGGCAUUUAGAUUUUCAUUAUUUGAAGGAAAAUGGUUUUUCUCACUGCCACCCCUACCUAAUUAGAGAUUGACUUCAGAAAACUAUAGAAGAGAUGAAAUGAAUGCAAAAUUUUGUCACUCGUGGAAUAUAUUCUGAAUUGGCAUGAUCGUGAGUUAAGUUGAACAAGAUCUCCACUUUUACUCUCCUGUAUGUUUUUAUCUUCUGUGUAAUUUCUCCUUCACUUUGUAACCGUUUUUUGUUUCAUAAAAGAGAAUUGGAUAGCAUAUACUCCGUUGCCUUCAAAAACUGCCUAAAUCCAGUGCCAAUGUUUCUACCAUUAACAUGUCGACAGUGAAAUAUCUAGAAAGAGAGAAUCAUAAAGAUAAUAUCAAUUUAGUAUAAGGAUUGGAGUAAAACCUGAAAAUUUUAAAAUGGGACCUCUGUUUUUUAUAUUACCCCUCAAAACUCUUUUUGUAUGACCUUCAGAAAUGUAGGUUUCCUUUAUACUUGUUGGUGUCAAAUUUAUUAGUCAUUUCAUACACACAAAUGAACAUGCAUUUUGGUAAUCAAUUUCCACUAUAUAUUAAGGGGUCAGUGAAAUAGUAUUGACAUACAUAUUGUUUACUGUUUUUUAUAGAGAGCCAUAGAAAUACAUCAAUAAACUCUUCAAACUGCAGAGCAUCAAUUUCAGUUUUAUGAGAUAUUUCUUCAUUUUAUAUUUUCUUGGCUUAUCUAUAUUUAUGGUUUGAUUUUGACAGCAUGCCAGGCAACAGAUUUUUUUUAAUCAUCAAUAGUCUUAACCAACUAAGACUAAAGAUUAUCUGUGUUCUCCUUGUCGGCAUAUAACGUAUCACUAAUAUCACUAAUAGGCCUAAAUAAACUGUGAGCUUAUGUAAUCAAAGGAAAACUUCAUAUAAAAUGUGCUUCCAUGGCCAUGUUACAUAGAUGCACAAUUAUAAUUUACAAAGCACCCUUGAAGAUACUUAACUACUGUGAAUAAAAGCUGAGGUAUUCAAGCGGUCUUUUGUGUUUAAGUUUCCAAAUAAUGAUUAGGAGAACAGUAAGGCCAUCCCUAAGUCAUUCCAAGAGUUUGUAUCAAUCCAGUUAGUGGUGUUCUUUGACACCACAUAUUUUCCAGCCCUUUCGUGAGAUAAACAUUUUUACCUUGAAGAUUUGUAUGGCUGUUAGGGGGAUGGUGCCCUUCUGCCACGCAGCAUGCCUUUAAGUCAUGCCUUGAGAUUGAGAAGUCAUGGCAGUCACUAGCCUGUCACUUGCUACAUUUGUUCAAAAUUACCCCGAGAGACUCCCAAAGCCUAGGUCACACAUUUAAAAGGACAGAGGGUUGGUAAGCAGGUUGAAUGCUUUAUUAGUUUGAACCCCUGAUCUACAUACAAGUACCUCGGCUGUAAAGACGUGCAUGGCCAUUUGUUUUUGGGGGACAGAAAUCACUGCUGCUUAUUUGCAUGGUGAAAAUACAAGUCAUAGUGAACCAAGAAUUUUUAUAUUUGUAUUAUUUAUGUUAAUAUCUCUGAAAUGGCAAACAGACUUCACACUGUGCCGCUUGGUUGUCUUAAUGAUGUAAAUCAAACAAACAAAAAAUAAGUCCUCAUGUGGUGGAGUGAAUCAAAAGUGUCUUUCAGCUGUAAUUUCAAUUCAUAAAACUCAGUGCUUUGUCUGCUACAACUUGUCAGAACACUUUGUCACAAGUGAAUCAGCAUUAUUGAGCUGGAUGGGAGUGAAGCUUUUCCUCAAAAUGUAAUGAAAUAACAUCAUUAAACAUAUUUAAUCGUUCUCUUGCCAACACUGGAGAAAGGCUAGUGUAGGGACUCGGCUCUCUCCCUGUCCAGCCCUGGGGGUUACUUAAUUACCCUAUACUUCAGUUUGCUUACCCAGCAGAUUUGGAUGUUUUACUUGCCCAGCCUACCUCACAAGCUUGUCAGAAAGAUCAAGUUAAAUCAAAACUGUGAAAAUGCUUUGAAAAUACUUGUAAAGUGCCAUGCACAUUUAAAGAGUUACUACAGUUAUUCAAGUCUAUAAGCAGGUUAUUAUUUUUUUAUUGUUGGAAAGGAAUAAGUAGCGCCAUCCACAAUGAAUGUCUUGAGUGAAUAUGUGGGCCUUUGGCCUUCUGGGCAGCGGCCCUUUCAUGUGCCUCCCAUUGCUUGCAAAAAUUAUCACCUAAAUUUGUGGCAUUUGGAGAAAAAAAGAACCUUGAGCAAAUGCUUCUGAAGGCAAAUGAGUCUAUCAUUUUGGUACUGUGUUCCUUAUGGGAUGUAGCAUCAUCUUUUCAAUAUUUGUGUUACAACAUGAAUGCCAUAUUCAAGGCUAAGUUUAAUCUUUUCAGUCUUGUAAAUUGGACAA